CCGACGUCGGGAUGGCGGCAGGUGGAGAGAGGAAGACAAACGCGGGCGAGGCCCUCUCAGCGGCCCCGGGGCGGCCACGGACCAUAGAGGCGGGAGCUCCUAGAGGGGCACGGCGCACUUCCGGGAGCGCGUUUCCGGCUUCCGGGAGGGUGGGCCCGGGCUGUGGCCGCGGUCGCCGGGGCUGAGGGGCCCGCUCUCGCGCCCGGCGCCGCAGGAGUGAGGCCCCGCGGGCCGUGCGGGCGGCCGGAGGUGGGUCUCUGGUGAACGCCUCCCCGCCCCCGGCCCGCCUCGGCGGCUCCGGCCUCCAGCGCCGUCGCGAAGCGGAGGACUUCGGAGUGUGAGACGGGCGGCUUUCCUGCAAUCUGGUGGGUCCCUGACGUACAGAAAACGGAGCUUUUCUCCAGUCCCUGGGGUCGGAAGUGUUUCCGGAACCCGAGUUUGGGGAUUUUUUUUUAAAGCACGGUGCUUGUAUGGUGUUUCGAAUGCCUGGCGCCCCAGGAGUCUGGGGCAGCCCACAGACGGACUCGUAGUUCUGUCACGAAACAGGACUGUUCCCACCAAGACUGUAAGAGAGCGAAUGAGAUUCAGAGAGCACGAGAGGGAAGAGGGUCAGAGGGAGAAGCAGACCCCCCGCUGAGCAGGGAGCCCUAUGCAGGACUCGAUCCCGGGACCCCGGCAUCAUGACCUGAGCCGAAGGCAGUCACUUAACCAACUGAGCCACCCAGGCGCCCCGGAAAAAGGGGACUCUCCUCGGAGUAUAAAGCCAUCUGCAGGCACCCCUCCCCUGAGAGAAAAUGGCUGCAGUUCUCAUCAUCCAGGAUGGAGAACAAGAACCUGUGAUAGUAAAGGUGGAGGAGGAUAACUUUUUUGUACAAGAAAUUGACUUGCAGAAGAACAGCCAGUCCUGUCAGGAGGUCUUCGGCCAGUGUUUCAGGCAGUUCUGCUACCAGGAGACAUCUGGACCGCAGAGGCGCUGAGCCGGCUCCGGGAGCUCUGCCGUCAGUGGCGGCGGCCCGAGACCCACAGCAAGGAGCAGAUCAUGGAGCUGCUGGUGCUGGAGCAGUUCCUGACCAUCCUGCCCGAGGAGCUGCAGGCCCAGGUGUGGGAGCAGCAUCCACUGAAUGGAGAUGAGGCUAUGUUGGAAGAGAGUCUGAUGAUCCGGGAUUUCAGGUGGGAAGAGGGCACAUUCCAAGCAGAUGGACAGGAAGUGCUCUGGGAGGAGGUGAUGUCCCUGGGAGCCACACCCCAGUCACCAAGUUAUCAGCGCCAGCACAUGGAGACUCUGCUCAAGGAUGCCUCUCUGGAGCCCCUUCCCUACGAGAGAGGUGAAGAGUAAGAGGAGGAACUGAUCUGGGAAGGGUCAUCGGGGAUCCAGGUUCCUCUCACGUCAUCUUCUGCAUGCAGCUUCUUCUCUUCCUGUGGCUGCUGAAGCACCAGCCAUCAACUCUGCAUUCCAGUCAGCAGGAAGGGCAUAAAAGGGAUUCUCUCAGCUAACUCGGGGUCUUUCAUGGAGCCUUCUCAGAAUGCACACAUUUCCUCUUAUAUUUAAUUAGCCAGAAUUGAGUCACAUGACCACACGUAGCUGCAAGAGUAGCUAGGAAAAAGGGGCGUGUGGGUGGCUCAGUCCGUGAAGCAUCUGCCUUCAGCUCAGAUCAUGAUCCCUGAGUCCUGGGAUCAAGCCCCCACAUUGGGCUCGCUGCUACUGGGGAAUCUCCUUCCCCCUGCUCCUUUUCUUUCUCAAUCUCUCAAAUAAAUAAAUAAAAAAGUAGCUAGGAAAUGUAAUUCCAGGGGCCAUUGUACACAUAAAAAUUGGAGUCCUGUCAUCUAAUAAAAAAGAAUACUUAUUUGGUAGGCAAACAAUCUGUGCCAACAGUCCUAAAUAUUUUGAGCUCUGAAUUGUUAAAUGUGUGCUAAAAAACUGAUCUACAUAUGAAUGAAUGAAUGGUAAAGGGUGCAAGAAACAAAAUUAGAACUAGGAGAUACAGUGGUGUAUGGAUAUUAAGAGAUUAGGAGAAUAGAGCAAGAAGAAAAAGCGGGAAGUGGGGAAUGAGAAUAUGUAAAACUCCUGAGUUGGAGAUCCCUUAAACUUAACAGGCUUCUUUUAAUGAUAUUAAAAAGACUUGUGAAAAAAAUACAGUUUAAAUCCAUUUUAAUUUGGUAAUAAGGGAUAUUUUUAAAGAUUUGAUUUAUUUGAGAGAGAGCACAAGCAGGCAGAGAAGCGGAGCGAGAGGGAGAAGCAGACUCGCCGCUGAGUUGGAUGCCCUAUGUGGGGCUUGAUUCCAGGUUUCUGAGAUCAUGACCUGAGCCUAAGGCAGACACUUAACACACACCCAAUCAAGCGCCCCUAAAGGAUAUUUUUUAAAGAAAAAAAAUUCCUCUAGAUUCCUACCUCCCUAAUUUGAGAAUUAUUUUCACUUAUUUAUAUUGUCUAUUUGGAGAGAUUAAUGUAUAUACACACACACAUAAAACAUAUAUAGAGGGAGAGAGAGAACAUAAUUUUAGAUGUGUUCCAAAUUUUUCUGAUCUGUUCUAUUUUAUAAAUCACCUUAUUUAAAUAAAACACUCCAUAUUUCUAUAUAAUGACCUUAGAGCUUGUAUAAUAAUUUUAGGUCUCUUUCGACUUUAAAAUAUCUAUAUCUCCGGGAUGCCUGGGUGACUGAGUUGGUGAAGCGUCUGCCUUUAGCUCAGGUCAUGUUCCCAGGUUCCUGGGAUUGAGUCCCACAUCAGGCUCCUUGCUCAGUGGGGAGCCUGCUUCCCCCUCCGCCUGCUGCUCCCUCUGCUUGUGCGCUCUCUCUCUGACAAAUAAAUACAUAAAAUCUUAAAAAAAAAUUAUAUAUAUAUAUAUAUAUUUUUAUAUAUAUAUCUCCACUUCUAUUUGAGAAGCAUUUGUGGGAUAGCCAAGUAAGAAGAUUAUCAUACAUAUGUAUCUAAGUAUUACUAUUUAGUAACUAUAUUUUUGUCUAAUGAACACUGUGUUAAGCUUGCAACAAAAGAAUGGCCCCUUUAAGACCCAUAUGCAAAGAUUCCUAGCUAAAGGAUCCUUCAGGGCUAAGGAAGCUACCUGAUCAGGAAACCUGGAUUUAAGUCCCAGCUCCGCUGAGCUCAGCAGCAUACUUUAUUUCUCUGAACCUUGGUUUCUUCAACUGUAAAAUGGUUUGAUUUUAAAAAAACAUUCACGAGGGGCGCCUGGGUGGCUCAGUCGUUAAGCAUCUGCCUUCGGCUCCGGUCAUGAUCUCAAGGUCCUGGGAUCGAGUCUCACAUCGGGCUCCCUGCUCGGCGGGAAGCCUGCUUCUCCCUCUCCCACUCCCCCUGCUUGUGUUCCCUCUCUCGCUGCCUCUCUCUCUGUCAAAUAAAUAAAUAAAAUCUUUAAAAAAAAAUACACAAGUUAUAGCGUACGGGUAAAUGAAAUUCAUAAAGUGAAACCACCCACAUAAGCACCACCAAAGUCCAGAAAUACAUUACCCAUUCCCAGGAAGCCCCACUUGUGCUCCAUCCUCCUUCCUGUUGUGACUUUCAACAGCAGAUAUUAGUUUUCCCAGUUUGAAGUUUAUGUAAAUGGAGUCAUGAAGUAUGUAUCUUUUUGUGUCUGCCUUCUUUCACUAUUAUGUUUGUGAAAAUUAUCACUGUGGCUUAUAGCUGUAGUUCAUUUUUAUUGUUGCAUAGUAUUCUAUUGUAUGGAUAAACUUUACUUUUUGUAUCUAUCCUACUGUUAAUGGACAUUUGGGUUGUUUCCACUUUAGAGCUAUGAAAAUGCUGCUCAGACAUGUCUUUAGAUGCAAAUAUAUAUUCAUUUCUGGUAGCUAUCUCUAAAAGUAAAACUCCUGGGUCAUAGAAUGUGUAUGUGUUCAGCUUAAGAGAUAUGCCAAAGAGUUUCCCCAAAAUAGUAUUACAAUUUACACUCUCAUCAAGAGCGUAUGAAAGUUCUCAUUGCUCCAAUAAUCUUUGCUAACAUGUGGCACUGUGAAUCCAUUUUUUUUUAUAUCUAUGAAUAAACACUUGGGCUGCUUCCAUAUCUUGGCUAUUGUAAAUAAUGUCACAAUAAACAUAUGGUGCAUAUAUCUUUUUGAAUUACUGUUUUUGUUUUCUUUGGGCAGAUACCCAAAUGUGGAAGUACUGGAUCAUAAGAUUUUGGGAUUUCCAGAAGAAAAGAUCAAAGAGGAAUCAUCGAGAAUAGACUCUUUUUCUGAAGUGUUAAGCCGAAGAUGGCCACAGCAUUGGCCCUUCAGACUUCAGAGAUGCAGGAAGGACUUCUGGCAGUAAAGGUAGAAGAGGAAGAGGGGGAUUAUGCCUCUGGGCAGGAAUCUGGCCUGCCAAGAGAUAACCCUCAUACCAGAGAGCUCUUUCGUAGACGCUUCAGGCAGUUCUGCUAUCAGGAGACACCUGGGCCCCGAGAGGCUCUUCGAAGACUCCAGGAGCUCUGCCGUCAGUGGCUGCGGCCCGAGACGCACAGCAAGGAGCAGAUCGUGGAGCUGCUGGUGCUGGAGCAGUUCCUGACCAUCCUGCCCGAGGAGCUGCAGGCCUGGGUGCGGGAGCACUGCCCAGCGAGUGGGGAGGACGCGGUGACUGCGCUGGAGGACCUGGAGAGGGAGCUGGAUGAGCCGGGAGAGCAGGUGGAAGAUGGGAGAACAGAGGUCCCAAUCUAUGCUUGUGAACAGGGAGAGUUUGCGAAGGAGAAGGCAACUCGGGGAGCAGCCCAGGAGUUAUCAGGUGGCCGGCUCCAGCCCUUGGAAGAGCUGCGUCCGUGCAAUUCGCGAGAGCUGUGCCCGGCUCAGGAGAUGGGUGAGGAUCAGAAUUUCCUCAGGAGGCCUCCCUCACCCCGAGGGUCCAUCGGUUCAGCACGUGUGUUCGGUGUCUGCUGUGCGCCAGGCGGUGUGCUUGGUCCUGGGGAGCCCGUGACGAGCCAGGUGGACGUGCUCCCUGCCCUCAGGAGGUCUGGGUCUGACGGAAGAGGCAGACAGCCUCUGGAACUGAACGGUGACGAGGCUGGGACUUGGAAUGUGGAGUUAGCUCCAAAGAGGGAGCUUUCUAAAGAAAUGAGAUGUCCUGUGGAAGUACCUCAGAAACUGAACGGUGGCACUGCUCGGAUGCCUGAGUGUGGAGACACCUGUGACCACGAGGGCAGACUGGAAAGGCAGCAGCGGGCAAGCUCUUCUGUGGAGAGACCGUAUGUCUGUGGUCAGUGUGGCAAGAGCUUCACCCAGAAUUCCAUCCUGAUCGAGCACCAGCGAACCCACACAGGCGAGAAGCCCUACGAGUGCGAUGAGUGUGGCCGGGCCUUCGGCCAGCGGUCAGGCCUCUUCCAGCACCAGAGACUCCACACCGGCGAGAAGCGCUACCAGUGCGGCAUCUGCAGCAAAGCCUUCAGUCAGAACGCCGGCCUCUUCCAUCACCUCAGGAUCCACACGGGGGAGAAGCCCUUCCGGUGCGGUCAGUGCAGUAAGAGCUUUAGUCGGCGCUCUGUCCUCAUGAAGCAUCAGAGAAUUCACACCGGGGAGAGGCCUUACGAAUGUGAGGAAUGCGGCAAGAACUUCAUUUACCACUGCAACCUCCUCCAGCACCGGAAGACCCACCCCGCGCUGGGUCCAGCCGGCCCCUCGGAACAGGUCGGGCCUGUUUCCUGACGUCAGACCGCUAGCAGGGUCACAGGGUAGGUUCCUGCUUUGUCCCUGAGGCACGGUAAUGGUAAAAAAUAGUCUAAUCCUCUUGAGGGGGAAGCUCCGAGAGAGCCAGCGAAAUUGUCCAUAUUUUUUAUGCUGAGAGAAGCAUUAUAUCUCAAGUACAUCUGUCAGGUUCUCUGGGCUCAACAACGUGCACGCUUUGCAAUACUGAAUCUUGUUGUGUGACUUUAUCAACAUAGUCUCCAGUCUGACACACGUCGGUGCAAGAGGUUUUCUAGGUGUACUUCAGGAAAACUUCUUCAUCCCAGUUUUAAGAAACUUUUUUUUUUUUUUUUUUUUUUUUUUUAAAGAUUUUUUAUUUAUUUAUUUGACAGAGAGAGACACAGCGAGAGAGGGAACACAAGCAGGGUGAGUGGGAGAGGGAGAAGCAGGCUCCCCGCAGAGCAGGGAGCCCGAUGCGGGACUCGAUCCCAGGACCCCGGGAUCAUGACCUGAGCCGAAGGCAGUCGCUUAACCGACUGAGCCACCCAGGCGCCCUUAAGAAACUUUUUAAAAAAGUUUUUAAAAACUAUAUGCUGCCUGAACACAAAAUUAUGUUAAAUAGUAUUUAAAAAUUAAUUUAAAAAUAAUUGCAGUAAAACCUGUAAACGAUU